UGAAGCCGGGAAUUCCCUCAUUUUGUCUCGCGAAGGCAUUGAAUGCAGCAGCUGUCUGCUUUUACGAAGCAAAAAUUGCACUUGUAAAAAUAAAGAGCCGGUGAUGUCCCGCGUAGAUUUAAGGCCUUAUUUAAGCGCUCAGCCUUCUCUCGUUUGACACAGUCACAUUUACGCUUAGUGAGAGUCUCUUAUCGCUGCUCUUACAAUCUCUUGCAUAUACCUUCUUUAAUUAAUAGAGCAAGAUGAAGCUACUUACUUUCGUUUUGGCCUUAUCUUGUAUCAUUGCAUACACAACCGCCGACCAGAGAGGACAAUAUUGGCCUACUAAUACCAAAAUAUUCACGACAUCACAUCGGUUUCGUCGUGAGGCCAAUCUUCCGAGCUCGACUGUUGCAAACCUAAAGAGUACUCCACAAUUGUCUUUCGAUGACAACGAAAAUCUUCGGCUUGUCCUCUUCGAUAACGAACCAGACACGACUGUCUAUCACGAUGAAGGUAACGACGUGGUUACCAGGUCUGAAUCGCAACCUAAUGCCCAAUUGCAUAGUAUGUAUCGGAUUGACGAAAAUGAUUAUCUUGGCGCCUAUACUUUUCAUCCGGGCGCAUACGGUGGUUUCGCCCAGAACUUUGGAACCGGCGGCGGAUUUCGCUGGAGAAGAGACGUAGAACCGCUUUUCGAAGUUGAAACACAGAGGGACAAUGGUUUUAUCACUGGUUUCAUGGAAUUUCAGCGAGGUGCAAACGGUCGUAGAAUAGAGCCCACAGUAGGCGCGACCACUGGCAUUCCUGUCACUGGUUUCUGGCAGGAAGCCGAUCAAAUUGAAAAGACCAAUGAUGAAAUAGCUGAAAUGUAUUAGAUUAAAAAAGAAAAUUUCAUAAUCAUCGUUUGGUAUCCUCGUGACAUUUGAUUUUAUUUCAGAUAUUCAAUUAAAAAUGUUUUCUCAGUUUAACAUUUUCUGGAAAAUAUUUACAUAUAAAUAUAAAACAUACUUCUGUAAAAUAUGAUGACAAAUGUGAUCAGAGUGAUUGCAUAAGUGGAAUGUGUAUAUACGCUGAACGUUUUUAAUACUAUUAUUUAUUUUAAUAAUUUAUUCUAAUAUUUUUAGUUUUAUUUAUUUCUAAUAAUGUAUUUUAAUAAUUACAUGUGUAGCUUACCAUUAUUAAAUAAUGAUAAUGAGUAAUAAAAAAUAUCCGAAAUAGUAUCAUGAUGUAUACUCUUCCGAAAUGAUUUUAUGUAUAAUAUUAUUUUUGUGCCACGA